AUGAAAUUUGCAAAAAAUUAUUACAUAAAAUUUGAACGAUUCCGUUCGGUUUGCAUUGUUCAUCCUCCGGCCACUUUCUGUGGCGAAGGCAUUGAGGUUCCCGUUGAGGAUAUAAUCUAUACGCAGAAUUCGUAUCUUCCUAUUGUAGAUUAUUCCGAUUGUAACCUUUCAAUCGAGAAUAUUGGAUGGGACAUAUUUUGCCGAUUUCUUAAAUAUCUUGCCGAAUUUCUUAUACCAGCCACAUGA